AUGGCCUCCUUUUCAGCUUCGACCGCCCGCAAGGACGCGGUCCUUGCUAGACGUCAAAUAGAAGGCUUGAUCGCAGAAGGCCGCUCCAUAUUCAUAGUGGACGGCAAGGUUUUCAAGGCGGAUGCAUGGCUCGAUUUUCACCCUGGUGGACCUAAAGCUAUCUCGCAUAUGGUGGGCAGAGAUGCUACCGACGAGGUCAAGGCUCUUCACUCCCCAGAGGCUCUUGCCCGCAUGAGCAACUACCAGAUCGGCCGUAUCGAGGGUCGUUGGACCAACUUCCUCCCUCCGAUCCAGGGUGGGAAAUUCCGUGUCUAUCUGGAUCCCGAGACCACGGACGCACUUUGGGCAGGGAAGAAUCUCGAGCAAGACUCGUCGAGCGAAGGAACCUCUACGGAGCCGUCACCAAUCUUCGAGCCCGCAGAUGGAGCGUCAGGCUUGCGCCAGCGGCAUCUGGGCGACACUACUAGAACUCGGGCGUCCUCAACCACCUCCAUCUCCUCCGUCGAGCUCUCUGAAGUUGGGAGCCCAACCAAAGUUUCCCCCAUGGAUCGUAAGACCCAGGAGGAGAUCGAGCUCGAUCUAUCUAGAUAUCCGUCUCUCGACGCAAAGGUCCAGGACGAGAUUGUGCAAAAGUACCGCCUACUGAACGAACGCAUCAGAGCCGAAGGUCUCUACCAGUGCAACUACAGCGCCUACGCGUACGAGCUAUGUAGAUACACCCUCCUGUUCUCCCUCUUCCUGGUCUUCCUCCGCAGGGGCUGGUACUGCACCAGCGCCGUCUUCCUCGGCAUGUUCUGGCACCAACUCGUCUUCACGGCCCACGACGCAGGGCACAUGGGCAUCACCCAUGAUUUCACAAAGGACACUAUCAUCGGAAUCGUCGUGGCAGACUUCAUCGGCGGCCUCAGCCUGGGCUGGUGGAAGCGCAGCCACAACGUGCACCACAUCGUCACUAACUCCCCCGAGCACGACCCAGACAUCGAGCUCAUGCCCUUCUUCGCGCUCUCGCACCGCUUCUUCGAGUCCCUCAACUCGACCUACUACGACUUCAACAUGACCUACGACGCGGCCGCCAAGUUCCUCGUGCAAUACCAAAGCUACCUCUACUACCCGAUCCUGUGCCUCGGCCGCUUCAAUCUCUACCGCCUUUCCUGGCUCUACCUCUUCGGCGGGCAAGCGAUCCGCAAGGGCCCCGCGUGGUGGACGCGCUGGUUCGAGAUCGCGGGCCAGCUCUUCUUCUGGAGCUGGUUCGGGUACGGGGUGCUCUACUGCAGCAUCCCGACGUGGACGGCGCGCGUCGCCUUCGUCCUGAUCAGCCACAUUGUCACCGCGCCGCUGCACGUGCAGAUCACGCUGAGCCACUACGCCAUGAGCACCGCGGACCUAGGCACGCAUGAGAGCUUCCCGCAGAAGAUGCUCAGGACCACCAUGGACGUCGAGUGUCCCCAGUGGCUCGACUUCUUCCAUGGCGGGCUCCAGUUCCAGGCGAUCCAUCACCUGUAUCCGAGGAUUCCGAGGCAUAAUCUUAGGAGGACGCAGAAGCUUGUACAGCAGUUUUGCGAUGAGGUCAGCAUACCGUACGCGCUGUAUGGCUUUGUGGAGGGCAACAAGGAGGUUAUUGGACGGCUUGGUGAGGUCACGAGACAGGCGGCCAUUCUGGCGGAGUGCCAGAGGGCGAUUGUCCAGAGCGGAGACUUUGGAAUGCAUUGA